CGCUCCCCUGCUCGCAGGUCACAUGGCCUGCCAGAGCGAGGGGACCGCGCCAGAGCUGCGCCGUGGGAGGUGAGGCUUCCGCGCGCGUCCAAGUCCUGCGGCGCCCGCUCCUCCGAGGCCUCAAGGUCCGGCGAUGGCUCCUCCGUGGUCAUGAGCCAGACAGCCUAGGAGACUUCGGCAGUGGCCGUCAGCGUGCUCAGAGAACCGAGCAAACCGCCCUCACCCGGUAGGUUCCCGCUGCGAACGAUCUGCUCUGCCCUUUGGCAUCAUGACCAGAGCGGCCACCCGGGAGAUGUCUCUAGAGCGAGGGAAAAUGGAUUAGGGUUGCUGCAGCCGGCGCGCGGAGAGCAGUUGCCGGGGCUGGCGAGCCUGGGAGGGCCUGUGCCCCCGGCGGUGCGCUUUGGCGGGCUGGCUUCACUGCGGCCCCGCUCGUGGGGUCGGCUGCUUCCUGCGGGAGGAAUGUGGAGACCCCAGAAGGGCGUCCCCUGCACGGCCUGGGCCGGCAUCCGCGCAGGGAUGACUAAGUGUCGCAGCAAGAACACCUCCCUACCCCUCGCCUGUUUCCUCGGCGCCGCUAGGCCGACGGAAAGGCGCGAGCCGGGCAUGGACGAGUCCAGUAAUGCUCCCAAAGGCCCACUUGACUUCACACUUCAGGAUGUCCAGCCCUAGGUUUGACUUGCAGUGAUUUUGGCCUGCAGUCCAGGAUGGUUUGUUCUUGGGACCAGACCUGACCAGAAGUCGACCUCAUGAGCACGUCAACCUCUCCAGCGGCCAUGCUCCUCCGGAGGCUGAGGCGGCUCUCUUGGGGCAGCACUGCUGUCCAGCUCUUCAUCUUAACAGUGGUGACCUUCGGUCUGCUGGCCCCGCUGGCCUGUCACCGGCUUCUGCACUCUUACUUCUACCUGCGCCACUGGCAUCUGAACCAAAUGAGCCAAGAGUUCCUACAGCAAAGCUUGAAAGAAGGUGAAGCCGCCCUGCACUACUUUGAGGAGCUGCCCUCUGCCAACGGCUCGGUGCCCAUCGUCUGGCAGGCCACGCCGCGGCCCUGGCUGGUCAUCACCAUCAUCACUGUGGACAGGCAGCCUGGCUUCCACUACGUCCUGCAGGUGGUAUCCCAGUUCCACCGGCUCCUUCAGCAGUGUGGCCCCCAAUGCGAGGGGCACCAGCUCUUCCUGUGCAACGUGGAGCGGAGCGUGAGCCACUUCGAUGCCAAGCUGCUGUCCAAGUACGUCCCCGUGGCCAACCGCUAUGAGGGCACCGAGGACGACUAUGGCGACGACCCUUCCACCAACUCGUUUGAGAAAGAGAAGCAGGACUACGUCUAUUGUCUGGAAUCCUCCCUGCAGACCUACAACCCAGACUACGUCCUGAUGGUGGAAGAUGAUGCCGUCCCAGAGGAGCAGAUCUUCCCAGUCCUGGAGCACCUUCUGCGGGCUCGCUUCUCCGAGCCACACCUCCGAGAUGCCCUCUAUCUGAAGCUCUAUCACCCCGAGAGGCUCCAGCACUACAUCAACCCGGAGCCCAUGCGGAUCCUGGAGUGGGUCGGUGUCGGCAUGCUGCUGGGGCCCUUACUGACCUGGAUGUACACGCGGUUUGCCAGCCGCCCGGGCUUUAGCUGGCCCGUCAUGCUCUUCUUCUCCGUGUACAGCAUGGGGCUGGUGGAGCUGGUGGGCCGGCACUACUUCCUGGAGCUGCGGCGGCUGAGCCCUUCACUGUACAGCGUGGUCCCCGCUUCGCAGUGUUGCACGCCCGCGAUGCUCUUCCCUGCCCCCGCCGCCCGCCGGACCCUCACCUACCUGUCCCAGGUUUACUGCCACAAGGGCUUCGGCAAGGACAUGGCACUGUACUCACUGCUGAGGGCCAAGGGGGAACGGGCCUACGUGGUGGAGCCCAAUCUCGUGAAACACAUCGGACUCUUCUCCAGCCUUCGGUACAACUUUCACCCCAGUCUGCUCUAGCCUGCCAAGAAAUGCCUUUCUGAAACUGGCCACUUCUUGGAGAUUCAACUGUUGAGCUCUUUAUUUGGACCUGGUUGCUUGCAGAUAUUUCAUUGUUUUCAGGUUGCCAGGGAUAUAGGCACUGGGAUGGCCAAGAUUAAAUACAAGUCAAGAACGUGUGCUUGGGUAACCCUCAGGCAGAGGCAAGCUGUUCACUGUGGGCCCAGACCUCUCGCCCUCCACACAGCCACAUUGCCUCAUGCAGUCUGACCCACUCAAUGAUGGACAUUUAAAUGCCACUUAUAUUCUCCUGUUUUUCGUUCUGCUUCGUGACAGAGUUUGUGACUGCCAAAAUUAUUGUGCACAGUGGUUCAACUGGUUUAGGAUUUUGAAGGUAGAAUAUGAAUGAUGAAAGGUGAGAUUCUCUUAUAGUGACUUCUUUCUCACUGGGAAUAAGAAUGGAUAUAUAUUUAGGAUAUAUAUCCCAAGAGGCAGGACCAUGUUGAUAGAUUCUAUUUGUUUCCUUGCUAUGACAUAAUAAAAGCUGCAUAGUGCCUGGCAUCUUGGAGGCAGAUGAGCUGGCUACUGUUACCUGGCAUUUUCUUUUCCACACAUCUGUAUCGCACUGAUAAUCAAUUUUGAUUGUGAGAACUUUAAGGCACAGCAAGAUCUGAAAGCACCUUCUGGAUCAUCAAGUCAGAUUGCUUAUGUUUAGUUUUCAAUUUAAUGUUGAAGAUUUCUAUCGUAUUCUGAUUCUUUGAAAGUUGGACAUUGCAGAAUGAUGUAGAAUGGGUGAGCUCUUUACUAAUAGCAUAUCCUUUUCCCCAACUUUGCUGGCUAAUCAUUCACCCUCAUUCUUUUUCUUCUAUAGCAUGAUGUUACAGAAGAAAAAGUAGGGACUGAAGUCAGAAGACCUGAAUUUUUAUAUCAAAUCUCUGUCAUGUCCUAGUGGUGUGAACUUGGGCAAGUUAUAAACACUCUGAGCCUCAGGUUUCUCACCUGUAAAAUGGGGACAGUGAUAUCUACCCUUUUAAGUUGCCUUGGGGAUUAAAUGACAGAAUAUGUGUAAAACACUCGCAAGUGCUUAUCUCAUAAAGGGCAUUUGGUGACUAUUAGCUCUUUUCUCUCCUAUAAUAAGCAUAUAAAACUCAAGUGUAUUUUGGAUAAAGGUAUUAGUGAUAUUUAAAGUGUGAGAUGGGGUAUAGGGCUGACACCUAGGGAGCAGCUGUUCCUGACCAAACACUACUAGAAUAAAGGUUGACUUUUCCUUGUGACUUUCGAAGGAUAUACAGCUCAGUUUCAUCUAGCCCCACCUCCAGCCAAGCCCAAAAUAAGAAUUGUUCAUUCAAACUGAAAAUGAUCUAAGACUCCAGUUGAGCCUAUUCCAAGACUAGCAUCUGGAAAUUACUUUUCUCAAAAGUUACAAAUAAAUGUCGUUUGACAAUACUUAGCAAGCCAGUGGCCAGAGUCCUUAUGGCGGUGGGUGAUUACAUUAGAGUUCAAGCAGCUCUCUGCUGUGUUUCAGGGCCACGUCUUCUGUUUGCUUUAAGUUUUCACAGUGAGCUACUGUCUUGGAAUCUGCUUGAGAACAUCAAGGGAGUAACAGGGCUUCAUCACCACACUUUACAGAUGAACGAAGAGGCCCAGAGAUGUUAAAGGACUUCUUCAGUUUCACACAGCUGAACAGCAGCAGAGAGGACUGGAAUGUAGUAGCUUUUCUGACUUCAAGCCCCUGUACUUUUUUCUCAACCACAUUCAUUUUAUAAAUAUCUAUGUAGUCAAAUUCUCUUUUGUGAAAUCUGUAACCUGGAUGAAAUAGUGUCUCUGUAAGCUAAGAUGGUAAAAAUUCACUGUGGUGUUGGUCUUGGGGAACAAACAGGUGCCUGUGUGUGUUGUGUUGUUAUAGUGAGCUGUUAUGUAUCCUCCAGGAAUGUCCAAAGUGACCAGAGCUGCUAGGUGACUUAAUGAGAUGCUCAGAUUCCACCGUUUCAUCCCUCCAACCCCACCCCAGUAACAGGUUCAGCCUCAUGUCUGAGAACAGAACCACCCCCAACCUAGAACUAAUUUGAGUUUGUUGCAUUAAUGAUUAGAUCUCCUCGUGGAAAGUUUGUGUCCAAUGAUAGAACAUUUAAGCUAGCUAAUCCCUAGAUCAGAAUCUUUGCUGGUUUUCAUUUCUGCUCUUUCUAAUUCCAUUGUCUACUGCACACAGACAUCCCUUCCUGUGACUCCUUCCUUCUUGAUGGCUGAGGUUAUCUUUGUCUUGUCUUAUUUUCCUACCUACACACUAAGACAUCUUCCCACAUUGAUCUUAACUAGAAUCUGCCAUCCUUGGACAUUUUCUGCAGAAGUAACAAUCCUACCCACUUUUAUCCCUACCUACUUUCUAGAUCACCCUUCCUUUUGUCUCUCAUUCCUAGAGUCCAAAUUGUGUACGUUGUCUUGGAUUAGGACUGCUGACAGCUUUACACCAAAGCUGAGGUCUCUCAUUUAAUCCUAAGCACGGGGCUAGGGAGAAACUAAAGUCCCCUGCCAGUAUCAGUGGACAUAAUUAACCAGAAGGGUGAAGGUAUCUAAUAGUCCUGCAUACUUUUCAGAAUUUAAAUUAUUGUCAGAUCUAAGAAGCUCCCUAUUGUGACUGAGCGUAUUUGCAUAGACUUAUCAGUUCAAAUAAAUGAACCAUUUCACUGAGGCAUUCUAAGAAGCCUUGGUUUUCUCUCAUUUCUAUAGCUGGAUUUUUCUGAUAUGGUGAAUAGUAUCAAAACCACCCACACACUCACACUGUUGUGGAGUCCUAAGGUAGCCAUUCAAAAGUAUGGGCUGGAAAAAAAAAAAGUAUGGGCUGUUUGCCUAACAAUUCAUAACUGAUUUUCUUAUAUUUCUUAAAUGGAAACAUUUGAAUUGUGUGUGUGUGUUUUUCUACUGUCAUAAUUUUUAAAAAGUGAGAAUACUACAGUGCAACUAGAGAAUACAAGUAGGAUGAAUAUAAUGAUAGGAUUAAUUUAAUUUACCUUGGAUACAGUCCUCAUUUGAGGGAAUUUAUUUAACUGGUAACUUAAUUUGUGUAAAGAGACAUUCUAACUGGAUUUGAUUAUUGUGGGAUUUUUAUAUAUACGAUGAUGCAUUUUGAAUUACGGUGACAUGAUACAAAAUUGGGUAAUUUUAAAGUCACACGAACCAUUUGGAUAUUUUUAUCCUGACCACAUGAAUUUGCUGAGAAAUGUUCAUUAACUGACACUGUCUUUUUUAGGUUGGAUUUUGUUUGAAAUACCUUUGGGACUAUGUCAAAGAUGAUUGGAGAUGUAAUUUUAAAGUACUUAAUAUAACUGCAAUGGAGAUGUGCUGUGGCUUCCAGUAGUUGGAUUACAGCAUUGUUGUGAGUCAUCGAUCUGCAAUGAAUGUGGAAUUCUGCUUUAAAAUUUAACAGAUUUUCUUUUUUUUUUUUUUUUCUUCCCUAAAAAACCUGUUGAUUCUGUAUUAGGGUGUAGCUGAUUAAAAAUGUUGUGAUAGUUUCAGAUGAAUAGGGAAGGUAUUCAGGCAUACAUAUGCAUGUAUCCAUUCUCUCCCAAACUCCCUUCCCAUCCAGGCUAGCCCAUAACAUUGAGCAGAAUUCCCUGUGCUAUACAGUAGGUCCUUGUUGGUUAUCCAUUCUAAAUAUAGCAGUGUGUACAUGAUCAUCCCAAACUCCCUAACUAUUCCUUCCCCCUAUCCUUCCCCCCAUGGCAACCAUAAAAAAAAUUAACAAAUUUUCAUGAUCUUUUCCCUGAUGACCUAUGCAGAAACAUAGAUGAGUGAUUUUUUUUUUAAGUAUUAUGUUAACAAAUAGGGGGUAAAACCAGAUGAAAAUCCAAAGGCAUAUGAUUAAUUUACCAAAAAGAAGGACAGAUGGCAUACUUAUGUAGGAACAGGGUAGCUCAGAGAGAUGGGUGAAGUAGACAGGAGGUCGAGUGAAGCAGAGGCUCUCACAUCUGUCACCUGCUGUGUGUCCCAGACUCCUUUAUGUAGUAAGUCCUCUAUGUCUGCCUCACUGUCAUGAAGUGUUUAUAGGGCUAGCCUAUGGAGAAUACAAAGGGACAAAAUAAUGGAUAGUGUUCUGGAUAAAUAAUUCAUCCCUUUGCUAGGACCCGGCUUCCUAUCACACUUAGAAUAAAAUACAAACCCCUACAUUACCUUCCAGGUCAGAUGUGACCUGUCCCUGCAAAACUUCCAUCCUCUUUCUCCAAGCUAUAGUCACACCUGCUCUCUUUCACUUCCUUGGACUUGUUACAUUGGUUCUUACCACAAAGGGAAUUUGCACUGCCAUUCUGUCUAUCUGGAAUGCUUUUCUCUUAGCCGAAUCUUUCCUGUAUACAGAUCUCAAUUAAAAUUUAAACCCUCCUCCCCCAACAGACUUUUCAUCCCAUCUAAAGCAUUCUUAUCCCUUCCCAAUUCCCAGGUCAUCUAUCGCUUUAUGCAGUUUGAUUCCCUUCAAAGCUCUUGUUGUUUCCUGAAAUUUAUUAUUUUGCCUUUUUCCCCCCUCCAUUCUCCCCACCCCGCUACAGAAUAUAAGUGCCACAAUAUCAGGAGUCUUCUAGGUUUCAUUCAUUGCUCUAUCCCUUGAACCUAGAACAAUACCUGACACAUAGUAGGAAGUGAAUGAGAGAGAGAAAUUGGGGUAGUGGGGGAAGGAAGAAAGGAAGGAAGGGAAGAAAAGAGGAAAGGGAUCCACAGUGGAGAUGCAUACAGAAAAGAAGAAUACUGAAAGGAAGAGAAAUGGGACUAGGGAAGAAAAUUAGGGAGGAGCAAAGAGGAUCCAGGUAUUGAGGAUUGUUGUAAUGUACAGUUUUGACUCCUGAAAAAAUUUUCUACUUGCAUUCCAGGCAAAGAGAAUGGCGAAUGCAAAAAGGAACUUUCUAUACCACCACAUAGCUACUUUUCCCUUUGUUAUUAGAGUUUUGGCUUCAGUGUGUGUGUUGGGGGUUGUGUGUGUUUGUGGGGGGUUCCUCCCUACGUGUUAUUCUUAGGGGAGGGAUGGGUUUUCUCUUUCAGGUUUCAACUGCUGCAUCUUCCUGGUAUUACCAAUGGGAAUCAUCUAGACAUGCACACCACCCAUGGUGGCUCUCCAACGUAUUCUAGGACUUAUAGGCAAGAGGCUGGAAAGAGAAUGAAGGAAAGAUCACCACCUGGUGCCAAUGAACUCUUCAAGUUCUUUCAGUAAGUGGCGAGAUGGUUUAAGUCUUACCACUUAGUUCUGCAUGAUAGGGGUGGGCUUUGGCAAAGCAUUAUAUGACUUAACACAAACCAAGAAUAGAGAGGUAAACUUUCCCUAGAGGCUGGAUAGGAGGAGCAGGAAACUUUAAGGAUCAUUUUUUUCUGGUACACAACGUGGGUGUUUUUUAUGUUCUGUUGGUGUAGCUUUGUUUAAAUGUGAACAAGUUGAGUCCUCUGCAAAAUUCGUGCACUGGCAACAUGUUAGACAAAGAAUUUUGUCUAACCCCUAUUUGCUUUUAUCCACAAAAAAAUGUAAACCCUGGCAUUGUUGUGACUGGGAGACCUGAAACAGAAGUCAACAAGUGUGUGUAGAUUUCUUUCUAGCAACAUGUUUGGACAGUUACUCUUGUCCUUUACCAAACCCCUGUCCAGCCGCAAUACAUACACAACCAGAAGACAUAACCAACAAAACCAGCUUGGCUUCUGUCUAGCUCCCCCUCCAGAGAGGUUUGUGAUAAAGGAGCGGUAGGAUUACAUCUUCUUUCUGUAACAUACACAUGGAAUGCUUUCCCUCUUUUGAACAAGAAAAGGAAAUAGCAACCAUAUUUUAAAAGAUACUAAACAAUGGUAUGUAUCUUCACAUUCAAAAUUGUAUUUCAUGUAUUAUUAUAUAAGGAGCUACGCCAAACAUAUUAAUCAUAAGUUAAUCUAAAUUUAGCUGUUUAUCCCCAACUUAAUAAAUGCUUAAAUCAUAUUAGCAGUA